AUCAGGGGAGCAGUUGAGACGAAGCAGAGAGUGAGACAACUUGGGUCACUUGACAACUUGGGGUGGAAUAUUUUGGUCCACUUGACAACUUGGGGCAAUCAACAAUGCGGGCACGCCAUGGAAGACCAGCCAAGUCAAGCCUGCGUGGUCUCCUCUCCCAGUUCGGUACAUGCAUCUAUCUCCUUCCUCCCUUCUUGGCAUGAUCCUAGUCGAGACUGGUCACUCUGGUCGUCGCCUUACAUCCAUCGUCGGUUCAUCAAUCAUCGUUCACUGAACUAGCCAAUGCGUAUAUUUCUGUAUGAGUAUAUAGUAGUGGUAGUAUAUCGGAGCAGAGCAACCAAAGAUAGAGAGAAAGGAGCAUCUCGAGAAUGGCGACGACCGCACUGCUGCUGCUGAUCGUGCUGCACUUGCUGGUGGCAACGGCGGCGGCUCAGCGGAAGCUGCCCGUGGCGCGGCCGGGGUGCCGCGACAGGUGCGGCAACAUCACCGUCCCCUACCCCUUCGGCAUCGGCGCGGGCUGCUACCGCGAUGCCCGCGCCUACAGCCCCUUCGAGCUCAAGUGCGACGACGGCCACUCCCCUCCGCGCCUCGUGAACGCCAACCAAAAGAACCAACUCGCAGACCUCUCCCUCGAGGACGGCGAGGCCCGCGCCUACCUCAACGCCACACGCCGGUGCUACAACUCCACAGGGGGAAUCGUCGGGCGGAACACCAACAAGGCGUACAUGACCCUCUUAGGCACCCCCUACCUCUUCUCGUCCACCAAGAACCGCCUCGUCGCGCUCGGCUGCCCCAACCUCGGCUACUUCGUGCACGGCGACGGCUACUACGUCAGCGGCUGCAUGUCCGUGUGCCGGCCGUCGCAGGCCGCCAUGCCGGGCCCGUGCACCGGCAUCGGGUGCUGCCAGAGCGAGAUACCCUCCGGCAUCGGUUUCUUCGAGCCUACCAUUCGCGACUUUCCGCGGGGGCAAGAGGGCUUCUCCUUCUACGCCAACAGCACGCCGUGCCGCUACGUGUUCCUCGUCGACAAGGAGUGGUUCAGCUACACCGACAGCGUCUUCCUCAACCGCACCGACGACUUCGACGUGCCCGUCGUGCUCGACUGGGCCAUCCGGAACGUCGGCAACUGCAGCGCCGCUAGGCAAAACACGACGGACUUCGCCUGCCGAGGCGCUCAUAGCAAGUGCUUCAGUGUCACCAAUGGCCUCGGGUACCGGUGCAACUGCUCCCAGGGCUACGACGGCAACCCCUACCUCGAGGUCCUCGACGGUGGAUGCACAGACAUCAACGAGUGCCAACUGAAAGGCGAUUACCCGUGCUACGGGGUCUGCAAUAACACGCAGGGAGGCUACACUUGCCAGUGCCAUCCCGGGACAAGUGGAGAUGCCACCAGGAAGGAUGGCUGCCGGCCAAAGGACAAGUUCACCUUAGCUCUGAAGGUCGUUACAGGAGUCAGCGUGGGGGUGUUCUUGUCGGUGUUCAUGUGCUUCUGGCUCUAUCUGGGGCUGCAGAAGCGGAAGCUCAUCAAGGCAAAGCAGAGCUUCUUCGAGCACAACGGAGGCGUCAUCCUGCAGCAGCAGAUGCGUUCCUACAGCGGCACUGCCGGAGGUGGCGGUGGCGGGUUCAAGAUAUUCUCUGAAGAAGAGCUCGAGAAGGCGACCAACAACUUCUCUGCCGAUCAGAUCCUCGGGCGGGGCGGGCACGGCAUCGUGUACAAGGGCGUCCUCGAGGACAAGGCGGUGGUGGCCAUCAAGAAGUCCAAAGUGAUGGAGGCGACCGAGACCAAGGAGUUCGCGAGAGAGAUGCUCAUCCUCUCCCAGAUCAACCACCGGAACGUCGUCAAGCUGCACGGCUGCUGCCUCGAGGUGGAGGUGCCAAUGCUGGUCUAUGAGUACGUCUCCAACGGCACCCUCUACCACUACAUCCAUGGCGGUGAGGGCCUCGACAAUAACAAGGCACUCGAUACCCGCCUUCGGAUAGCGGCGGAGUCUGCGGAGGCGCUGUCGUAUAUGCACUCGUCAGCCUCGCCCCCGAUCCUCCACGGUGAUGUCAAGACGGCAAACAUCCUGCUUGACGACAACCUCACUGCCAAAGUCACGGAUUUCGGGGCGUCGAAGCUGGCACCAAACGACGAGGUUGAGAUUGCGACAUUGGUGCAGGGAACUUGCGGGUACCUGGACCCGGAGUACCUCAUGACAUGCCAGCUGACGGACAAGAGCGACGUGUACAGCUUUGGCGUUGUUUUGCUGGAGCUCCUUACAGGGAAGAAGCCGAUCCGCUUCGACGGGCCAGAGGAGGGAAGGAGCCUCGUGUCCGGAUUCAUGAUAGCAGCGAAGGUUGGUGGGCACUACGAGCUCCUUGACAACCAGGUGAGAAAUGAGAUGCGGCCUGAGGCAUUGGAAGAAAUCACACACCUCAUGAUGCGAUGCGUGAGCAUGAGCGGCGAGGAGCGACCGUCGAUGAAGGAAGUUGCUGAGAGGUUGGAGGCGUUGAGAAGGUACCAGAGGCACCCAUGGGGCCAGGCUGGUGCUGGUGAUCCGGAGGAGGGGCAAAGUUUGCUUGGUAGAGAGCAACAACGUGAUGUGAAUUAUAAGUUCAAACCGCAGGAUGUGCUUGAUCUCGAAGAGGCUAGCACAUACACUUUUAGCUUGUAGAUUUUUUGUGCAAGGCCUUUUAGUUUGUAGAUUGUUCUAAUGUUUGGUGGGACUCCUUUUUCAGGUUUGACACAAAUGUGUAAAGUAUUUUUUAUGUACCUCCCGAAAAAAUUGGAUCUCGCUCCUGUGUCACUCGUGGGCGACACCGGAUACACUUCAAACACGUUUCAAUCCAUUAAUUUUACUCAAUAAAUAUUUCAGUGUGUGA